AUGGAAGAUCGAGAACAAUACUACAGAUCUGAUCCGAAGAAGGCGCUUGCAAAGUUUUUCGAGCGUGAAGGAUUUGAUAUGGAGUUUCAAUUGACAGAACAAGGCAGUGGACAUACACACAAAUGGGUGUGUACCAUAGAAUUACCCAUUGAAGUGAAUGGAAUAGACCGCGCGGUCACAGCGCAGGCAACAGUUUCGACCUCAAAAAAAGAUGCUCAGGUGCAGUGUGCUCUCGAGGCCUGCAGAAUACUCGAUGCGCAUGGAGUUUUGAGGAGGUCUACCAAUAAAUCAAGAGCAAAGAACAAAGAGUUGGAAGCAAACGAUUUUUACGAUGAAGAUGAUGAUGAGUAUCUAGACCGAACAGGUCAAAUUGAGAAGCAGCGGGAAAAGCGAAUGUUAUGGGCUAAGAACAAAACUGGCGAGAAAGUUGAGAAAAAGAGCACAUAUGAAUCCCUGUGCAAGGAACUAGAAGAAACCCGUGCUAGUAUUGCAGAUCUGAAAAAGACACUUGAUGAUGUGAAUAAUGCAAAAACUACACAAAGUACUGGUGACUCUUUGGAUGACUACUGUAGAACAUUAAACCAGGGUGCGGAUCAAAAGUCCAAGACUGAAAUUUCAAUCCUUCGGCAAAAACUUGUUGGGCUUACACAUGACGCUCAACGGUUAGAGAAGCUUGUAAAGAUAGCAAAGCCUGUUGCUCUACCUGAGCUCAAGGUGGCUGGGGCAAACGCAUCGGGUAGCGAUAAACAAGCAUUUCUGCGUAAAAUGAUGAUGCUUGGAAGAAAAAAGGCUGCUGACGAGAAAGCGGCUGAAAAGGAAGAAGAAGAAAAAGUAAAAGGACCGGCCAGAAUUCCUUCACUGAUGGAAACUUUCAAACCUGAAACGGAAGAUGAUGAAGAGAGCCCCAAGAUUACUGAUGAGAAGCCGAGUUCUUCCACUUCUAGUACUGAAAAUAGAGAUGUGGCUCCAUCUUCUUCCUCACCCUCGAAAGAGCAGAAGGAUCAGAACGACCAAAGCACUGUUGAGUCGACAAAAUCAGAAGUGGAGUCUGCUAUUACCAACUCUGGGUCUUCAGUUCCUACCUCAAAUAUACCACAAAAUCCUCCUAGUCCUGCACCAGCAAAAACUAAGAAACAGAUUGUCCAUGAAAUUGUCCAUGGAGAUGAGGACGAACGGUCGAAUUUGCAGAGGAGGUCGGUGUCUACUGAGGGGGACGAAGAUGAAGAGGGUGGAGGCCCCAAAAAGAAACGGCGAGUCAGAGUGCGAGCAAACCGACCGGCACCAGUUAACGCUGUGGAUGACUACGGAAAUGGGAUGGAUGAUGACCGAUAUGCUACGUGGCUUCCUCCAGAGAAUCAAAGCGGUGACGGAAAGACGGCUUUAAAUGAAAAGUUUGCUGGAAGAUAUUGA